UCGGAGUUGGCAGCACUUGGCUGUCUACUCCACCGCUUAAAGCUGUAGACACAGCGCCACAAUGUCUAUGUCCAUGAGCGUUGAUGGCAGCAGCACAAACGUCCAUUUCGUAGACCAGACCUUCGACUCUCUAAACAACUUCGUCGAUUUUGAUGAAGGGGGUCUAUACGGCUGCACUCUCCACAUAGCUGUCCAGGACUCACAUGGGAGCUGCGACGAAACUAUCAAUGUGGGAGAAAAUACGAGUGAUGGUGCUACGAGAGUAAGAAACCGACAUGCCAACUUCUCUUCAAGUAAAGCAUUUGCACAACCCGCUGGCCAGUCCUCAGCUAAGAGCUCUUUGGCCGGGCAAGUCCUAGAUUCACUUGGCAGCCAAGGUCGAGACCGCUUGAGGACGAGUCUCGUGCUGACGAAGCUAUCCGGCCAACGCACAAGGACCCACAAGCCUACCGAGCCUGGCGCCUCGCCCCCAAAAUGCAUAUGAUGCUAUCGUAUGCCAAAUAUUCCGUCGUAGACCUCGAGUCUAGCACUCUUAAGCUAAGUUGCGCGGUGACAUUGCUGCACAUUCGAGCUUUUCGCGAGCGCUAACUCUCUAGCGAAUCGUCUGUACUUGUCAUCGAAACCGCAGGGAAGCUGGAGCGUCGAAUUCUCUUUCGCGGCCCUUCAAGGUCAAGCCCUAGCUCUGAUAACUCAACACUGGCGUUGGGCGCAUAUAGACGUGCUUGUCACCUCAGUAGCGAGGAAUCAGCGUUGCGCGCGUGAAGCUUCUCGAGAGUGUGGCGCCCGCUAUGCUGUUUCCUCGACACUUUUGCUCGGUUGGUUCGAAUGAGCUCGAAGCACCCCACACUGCAGAGACUCAUCUUCAAGGACGCCACCGAGAUUCUCGCCCGGCAAUGUAGCGCACCCUGCGUCACAUCGAGCCUCAGAUCCGCUCUUGGCAUUCAACACGGCAUGACCGCAUCUGAAGGGCCAAUCAACUCUUCGCAGGGCGCCCCGUCAAGAUGCAGAAGCCGAGUGUGCCCGUUUUCGACAUUGGCACUCGCGUAAUCAAUCAGGGCCGCACGCUCCGAUGACUGCUACACUGGAGCGACUGUGCAGGCUCUGAUGGCUUGGUCCACGAUCUGGCGCUAUUCAGGUGUCAGCCAGAAGCUCUUCGGUCUUUAACAGCUGUCACCUCUUUUUGCGAAACUCAUGCAGGUUCAGCAGCGGACGCAACUCUCAUCACACAACACUCAGACAGCAAUGACGCCUGCGCAUCCUCUUGGCCUGUCACAUGACUAGGAACAAAGGCGCGUCAACGACUCAAAUUAGAUGAACGUCAAAGCAGAUGACGCUUGACUCUGUGGAAACCACUUGGACGCCUACCGAGGUCGAUCUCUCCGGUGACCCUUUAGCGAAUACACGACGUCCACAGGACACUGUUCAAAUCGUCGGUCGGACGGACAAGGACCUCCUGUUCCUGUGAUGUCCUUCGUCGCCUGCCUUUUCGCAACAUUGGCUUCCUGAUCUUAGCAUAUAACGGCUCUGCAUCGCAUCUCUGAGCUAUCUUCACCAUUCGGCUCGAUGCUGCUUAAGCUUCCGUCUGUUUGCGCAGCACUAGCAGGAAUCUCUCCAAAGCGCACUGAAUGGAGCGGCAUCACGCCACUUUACCGUCCAUUUACCCUCUCUUACGCCUCAGUCAUUUCGCACGAAGCAGAGGCCGGCAGCCUCAGCUCAGUCCUUUUGUCCAUC